AUGCGGGAAGUUGAAACAUCGGCAAUCACAGCAGCUCCUCCACAAUUCUCAACGAUGUUUCAGAAACUAGCCAUGGCGGUCAAAACCAAAACAUACGAGUUCUUCACCGAAGACGGCGAAAGAAUCGGCGUCGAUUCUGAUGCCGAGGGUUUCUCACUCCUUGACUCCGCCGAAGAUUUCAUCACCGAUCAGAAAGUCGUCGUUCUCAAACCCGAUAGACCUUUUACCUCCGAAACCCCUUCUCCGAGAUCUCCGGUUAAAUCUCCGGUGACGAGGAUUUUGGUUAAACCUAAUCAACCGAAGUUAUCUCAGGUUAGGAAAUUAGAUACCCAGAUGGGAUUGAGUUUGAUUUCUUCGGUUUUCGCUACUGUAUCGUCUUUCGAAGCUUCGUAUCUUCAAUUGCAAGCUGCACACGCACCUUUCGUUGAGGAAAGCGUUACGGCUGCUGAUAGAGCUCUCGUCUCUAACCUCCAGAAACUAUCUGAUUUUAAGCAGUAUUAUAGAAAUUAUCGACAAAGUUUGGAUUUUGAGUCUGAUUUAGCUAUUGGGUCUUGCUUAGAGUCUCGGGUACAGGAGAAUCAGAGCAAGCUUAGAGCUUUGGAAACGGUGUCGAAUCGGUUACAAGCUGAGAUGGAUGCAAAGGAUUUGCAGGUUUGGAGUUUGAGGAGCAAAUUAGGUGAGAUUCAAAAGUCUAAUUCCAAGUUAUCAAAGAGAUUGUCUGCGAAUUCGAAAUCAUCGUCCACUGAUGUUCUGUUAUCAGUUAGGGUUUAUGAGUCUCUAUUGCAUGAUGCGUUUAAAGCUACACAGAGAUUCACUAAGAUUUUGAUUGAGCUGAUGGAAAAAGCUGGGUGGGAUUUGGAUUUAGCUGCUAGUUCUGUUCAUCCUGAGGUAGAUUAUGUUAAGAAGGGACAUAACCGGUAUGCAUUGUUGUCGUAUGUUUGCUUGGGGAUGUUUCGAGGUUUCGAUGGAGAAGGAUUCGAUGUUAAUGAGAAUGAUGAAGAAGAGUCUGAGAGGAGUACUUCGGAUUCUUCCUUGAGGGAAUUGAUGCAACAUGUAUCGAGCAAUCCUAUGGAGCUUCUUGAGAGAGAUAAAGAUUGUGGUUUCUCUAGAUUUUGCGAUAAGAAGUAUCACGAACUCAUUCACCCGAACAUGGCAUCUUCGAUAUUCAGCAACAUGGAUCAAACCGAAGCUGUGUUGAGUUCUUGGAGAUCUCUGAGCACAUUUUAUGAGUCUUUUGUGAUGAUGGCUAGCUCGAUUUGGACCCUUCACAAGUUAGCCUUGUCCUUUGAUCCUGCAGUUGAGAUCUUCCAAGUCGAAAGCGGAGUUGAUUUUUCUAUUGUUUUCAUGGAGAAUGUCUUAAGAAAGAAACAAGAUAAAAAGUUGUCGAUAAGUCCUACUCGAGCCAAAGUAGGAUUCACAGUAGUUCCCGGGUUUAAAGUCGGGUGCACGGUGAUCCAGUCUCAAGUUUACCUUACCGGCUUCAAAUGUAAAUGA